GAAAUGAACAACAGUCAUGGUACGACAAAUGAUGAUUAAACGUUGACCAACGGUGCGCUGUGUAAUUCGGUAAUAAUAAUUCAAUGUUAUUGUGAUUCACAACGAGGCUCAGAUUUAUAAAUGUCAAUAUCAACUUGUGAACUCACUUAUGUAGAUUGAAUAUGGUGAUAGAUUUGAAAGUAUAAUGGAAACCGAAUCAAGAGACAAUUUGGCUCCAGAAUCUCCUGAAAUUAAAGUUUACAAGUACCGAUGGGUGAUGUUAAGUAUUUUCUGUUUAUUUACCAUCAAUAAUUUUGUACAAUUUUUGGAGUACUCCAUUAUAGCUGAUAUUAUAACUAAAUAUUAUGGUGUUGAUAGUUUUGCGGUGGACAUUUCUGGAUUAAUUUUCUUUAUAAUGUAUCUUUUGGCAUUUUUACCCAUAAGCUAUUUAAUAGAAAAAUACAGCAUGAAAGUGACGGCUAUAACAAGUACAAGUCUCACCCUAAUGGGUAAUUUGGUAAAGCUGUUGUCAACUCCUAAGGAUAAAUUUUAUUUAGUAAUAAUUGGACAGGGUUUGUGUGCAAUUGGCCAAGUCUACAUGAUAACAAUUCCUUCCAAGUUUGCAGCAAUGUGGUUCGGAGCAGAAGAAGUGUCCACUGCUUGUGCUCUGGCAAUCUUAGGAACACAGUUUGGAGCGGCUUUGGGUAGCAUACUUCCAACAUUAAUGGUAAAAGAUGGUACCGACGACGAAGUCGCCAACGGACUAAUGACAAUGUUAAUCUUCCACGCAGUUUUUUCAGGCGUUACAUUAGGAAUCGUAAUUUUAUUUUUCAGGUCAAAACCAGAAGUUCCGCCCAGCUUGUCACAAUUAAACUUGACACAAGAGUUUAACUUUAAGGAACUAUGGGUGUCUUUAAAGAAAUUACUUAGGAACAAAGAUUUCUUGAUAAUCAUAAUCUGUUUUGGGAUGAGUAACGGAUUAUGGAACGCUUUUGGCAUUGUUCUUAACAGUCUUUAUACAGAAUACUUUCCUAAAAACGGAAGAGAUGCCGGCAUCAUCGCCUCCAUUGCCAUUAUAACUGGUGGAUGUAUUGGAAGCCUUAUCUUUGGUCUCAUCUUGGACAAAACUCACCAAUUCAAGAGAGUUACGUUCCUAACUCUUCUGGCUUCGUCGAUCUCCCUAAUUUGCGUAUUGGUGGUGUUUGAGAACAAGUCAAGGGUUGGCACGUUCAUUGCUAUACCAGGAUUUGGGUUUUUCUUGGCAAGCACCCUAGUGAUAGGAUUUGAAUAUUCCAUAGAAGCGUCCUAUCCAAUUCCCGAAUCUCUCAGCUGUUGCAUUUUGAAUGCAUCAAUUUAUAUAUUUGCUAUAAUCAAUACCCUUAUAAUGGAAGUUUUAUUCGACAGCAUAGGGUAUAUGUACAGCAUAGUGACAUGUAUUGUUGUGAUAUUUGUUAUGUCCUUGUUAGUUUUGUUAAUGUCUUCUAAUUUAAGAAGACGAGAUGCAAAUUUAGCCAAAGAAAUAACCAAUUUGCAACAGUAAUUUAUUAUUUAUUUGUAACUUUUUCACAAGCACUUUUUACAUUCCCAAAAUAAAUGAUCGUAGACGAAAAUUCACUACA